AUGGCAACUGAAAAGGCUGAACAGUUGCUCGAUCAAAUGGUUGCGACACAGAAGGCUUUAUCUGCUAUAUUAGACACAUCUUUAGAAUCCACUCUUGGUAAUCUUGAAGCUGUUGAAAAGGCCAGACUAUUGACAACACUCUCUUACACCAUCAAUACUUUAUCAUUUGUGUAUUUAAAACUUCAAGGAGUGAAUGCAAAGACACAUCCAGUGAAAAAGGAACUGGCAAGUAUUUUGAAUGCAUUUGCACUGUUUUUUGAUCGCACCAGAAUAUACUUUGAAAAAAUUGAAAAGAUGGCAGGAGCAACUCGCAACCCUGCAAGCAUUGAUCGAGAUGCAGCCAAAAGGUUCUUGCAGCACUCAUUGGCACAGAAUCCAGAAGUCAAAGAUGGUAUUGCCAAGGCUCGCAAAGCAAAUGCACUGGUGGAUUUGCAUACAUCGAGCCAAGCUGAUGAUACUCAGGAUAUCAGUACUGUGACGGAUGCAACUGACGCAUCUGUCAAGGGGCAUGAGAAUAAAGGGAAUGAAUGA